CUUGAUGGCCUUGGUUAAGGUUUAAACAAAGUGCUCUGCCUCACCAAUGGCUUCGGGCCAGAGUGGUAUCACCCUGUAAUGUGUAAAUCCCAGUUCAGCUGCAAACUCCUUGAACUCGCUUGAGUUGAAAGGUGGCCCAUUGUCGCUCUUGACUUGUUUAGGGAUGCCCAUUUCAGCGAAUGUUCGUCUCAGGAAUUGCAGAGUUGAGGUCGCGUUUGUCGAGGCUACUUGUCCCACCAAUGGGAAGCGCGAGUACUCGUCGAUAAGAAUGAGCAUGCAGGUACUUUCCAUUCUGAAACAGUCCUGCGAAGUCGAUACACAGGUUUUCCCAUGGCCCAUGAGGGAGAGGCGUUGGCUCCGCAGGAUCAUGAUGUGAUGUGGGUGUAGAUGCCUGGCAUGGAAUACAGUUUUGCACAGCUUGUUCGACCAAUAUAUCCAUCCUGGGAAACCACACCGAGGUGCAGAGGAGUUGCUUGGUCUUUACGAUGCCCAUGUGGCCUUUGUGCGCAAGCUGAACAGCACGUUGCUGAAUACCUGCUGGCAGCACGAUCCUUGUGCCUCGAAGAAUGAUGCCUUCAGGCGUCACGGCAAGCUCCAUCUCAAGGUGUCUGUAGGGUUUGAGUGUGGUAGCACUCCACAGGAGAUGUCUCUCUGUACCCUUGGCUUGAAUGGCUUGAAUGGCUUGUCGCAGCUGGCAGUAUGUCGAGUCUUAUGGCUGCCACGCUGCCUGAUGCUCCAUGGUCCACUGCCAGUCAACGUCUUUCCUUGUGAGGUUGCGAAGAGGUGCGGUGAGGUUUGCCAGGUUGGGGAUAUGAACCUUCCCGAGUAGGUGAUCAUGCCCAGAAGUCUCCUCACUUCUGCUGGACUGUUUGGUGGGGCCAUGUCAAGAAACGCUUGGACUUUUGCCGGGUCAGGUUGCAUUCCUUUCGCUGAGAAGAUUUGCCCAAAGAAUGUCAAUUCCCAUUGGGAGAAAGAGCACUUCUUCGGGUUGAGUGUGAGUCCACAAUCCCCGAGGAGUUGUAGCACAGCUUCCAGCGAGUCAUUAUGUUCUUGGUCUGUUUUGCCAUAUACUAAGAUGUCGUCGCUGAUGUUAAUGACUCCUGGGAUUCCAGCGAGCACUUGUCGGACUGUGUUCUGGAACAGCUCUGCAGCAGCACCAAUUCCAAAGUUCAAACGCAUGUAUCGGUAAGUCCGAUGUGGGUAGCAAACGUUGUGAUGUGUCUCGAGUCCUCGUGCAAUACUAGCUGGUGGUAUCCGUCGUUGAGGUCUAGUUUCGAGAAGACAGACACGCUGUAUCAGAUCUGAUGUUAAUGUCCAGUUUCAGCCAGCUGUAAAGAGCAGUCUGGCAACCUGAAUAAACCAGUUUCGUUACAAGACAAACUCGAUGCAUGGUGUCAGAAGUGGCUAUCCCGCAAAAAAGGGCGGUGAACUAAGAAGAAAGCCGAAUUAUGGACGUGCUCAACCCACCCGAGGGCUUGAACUUGACAGGAAACGUAGCGGAGAACUGGCAACGGUUCAAACAACGUGUGGAACUGUACCUACGGGCGGCGGAGACCACCAAGCAAACCGAUGAACAAAGGGCAGCCAUUUUGCUUCAUGUGGCGGGACCCGAUGCCAUCAAAGUCGACAACACCUUUACCUUCGUACCUGAAGAAAAACAGGACUACCAGACAGUACUGAAGAAGUUUGAAGAGUACUGUAUGCCCUGGAAAAAUGAAACCUACGAACAAUACGUGUUUCGUUCACGAAAACAAGAAAGUGGUGAGCCGUUUGAACAGUUUGUGCGAGAGCUACAACUAAAAGUGAAAUCGUGCAACUUCUCGGCUUUGUCAGACUCCGUGGUAUGAGAUCAAAUCGUAUGUGGGGUAACAGACAAAAAAACUGCGCGAGCGUUUGUUGCGCGAAGAAGAUCUGACAUUGGAAAAGGCCAUACAGCUCGAAAAGGCAUAUGAGGUUCUUCAGGCACACAAAAUGAAACUCUCAGCGGUCCCCGACGUGUCGACACAGUAGACAUAAAGAAGAGAGCGGACAUGCAUGAGCGGAAAGUCUAACCGACGGGAAAAAAUUGUCCGAAGUGCGACUGGAAGCACGACCCACGGAAGUGUCCGGCAUACAACAAAAAGUGCAACAAGUGUCACAGGAUGAACCACUUCACCUUGCGUUGCAAAACGAAGUCUUCGGUAGAUGAAGUAAAAGAACAGGAUGACAGCGACUUCGCCGUUCUUCAAGUCAGCACAUGCAAGGCUAAAAAAAGGUAACGAGUGGCUGGUCAAGGCCCUCAUGGUUAACAAGGAAGUGGAACUAAAAGUUGACACAGGGUCCCAGGCAAAUCUUUUGCCAAGUUCACUGUUCCGGAAGCUACACAAGACGGCGAGCCUGAAGCCAAGCAUGUCAGUCCUAAAAAGCUACAACGAUGGUGUGAUUGCACACCAAGGGAAAGCACUGUUGGAAGUGAAACUCAAAGGAAAGAGCGCAAACAUUGAGUUCUUCAUCGUGAAAAAAGGACGCCAGGCCAUAUUGGGCAGCAGCGAGUGAACUCCUGGUCCAGCGAGUGCACACGGUGAAAGAAACUAUGGCCUAAGAAGGGUGGAACAGAAGUUUCCUAAGUUGUUUAAAGGACUGGGAUGCGUUGGACGGGAGUGUAAGACAGAGCCAGUGGUACAGCCGACGAGAAGAGUGCCACAAGCUCUUAUAGAACCACUCAACAAAGAGCUCCAGAGAAUGGAAGAGGCUGGAGUCAUCACCUGUGUCAGUGAACCUACUGAUUGGGUAAGCCCAAUUGUGAUAGUCAAGAAGAAAGGAGGUGCUCUGAGAAUCUGCAUAGAUCCAAGGCAAGUGAAUGAAUCCAUCAAACGGCAGCACUACCAAAUGCCAUGUCGUGAAGACAUCGAAGCUGAACUGGCAAACGCCAAAUUCUUCUCAAGGCUGGAUGCCAAUAGUGGGUAUCACCAAAUACCACUAGAUGAGACGGCCUCUCGAGUGUGCACGUUUGGUACGCCAUUUGGACGCUACCGAUUUCUGAGACUACCAUUUGGCAUCUCAUCGUCACCGGAAGUCUUCCAACAGAUCAUGACUGAAGUUUUUGAUGGACUUGAAGGAGUAAGAGUGUACGUUGACGAUGUACUCGUAUGGGGUCGAUCCAAGGAGGAGCACGACAAGAGGCUAUGGGAAUUGCACUCAAAGCAGCCCAAAGAGCUGGAAUGACCUUCAAUAAGGAAAAGUGUCAAUUUGCGGUCCAAGAGGUCAGCUACCUGGGUGACCGGAUCACUAAAAUGGAGUGGAGCCGGAUCCAUCACUAGUUGCAUCAGUGCUUCAGAUGUCUACUCCUCAAAGCAAGAAGGAAGUACAGCGGAUGUUGGGAGUCAUCAACUAUGUAGGCAAGUAUUUGCCACACUUGUCGCAAAGAACAAAUCUUCUCAGAAGCCUCAUCAAGGAUGAUGUGAUAUUUGAGUGGACUGAGGCUCACGAAGCAGAAUGGGAUAGACUGAAAAGAACACCGACUAACAAGCCAGUGUUAGCAUUUUUUGAUCCUGAAAAGGAGACAAAAGUGACAGCUGAUGCAUCCCAGUAUGGACUGGGAGCAGCACUCGUACAGCUCAAUGAUACAGAGUGGCGUCCAGUAGCAUAUGCGUCACGAGUGAUGACCGACUGUGAGGUGUGAUAUGCACAAAUUGAAAAAGAGUCGCUCGCCAUCACAUUUGCGUGUGAGAAGUUCCAUGACUUCAUUUAUGGUCGCAAGUUCACACUCGAAACCGACCAUUGAUCUCCAUAGCAAAGAAAAGCAUUGGAGAUAUGCCACCUCGUCUGCAGCGAUUUUUUAUUCAGCUAAUGAAGUAUGAGUUUGACCUGUGCUAUCUGCCUGGAAAGAACUUGGUGCUAGCCGACACAUUGUCUCGCGCACCAGUAAAAGAGGCCAAAAAGAAAGAGGUACAACUGGAUGACGUUGAAGUACAUGUUGUCGGCAUAUUGUCCACAACACUGAGUCAAGCGACACUUCAGAAACUGCAAGAGGCCACAGAGAGUGAUGACGAACUACAAGGAGUUAUCGCACGGAUCCACCGGGGUCAAGAACAACAGUGAGACCUCAAGGGAUACACAUCAGAGUUGACCCUGGUCAACGGUGUCCUGUUAAAGGGCUCAAGAGUAGUAGUUCCGAAAGCUUGUCGUGCAGACACGCUGGCAAGACUGCAUGAAGGACACUUAGGCAUGAGCAAAUGCAAGGCUCGUGCUAGAGCUUUAGUAUUCUGGCCAAGAAUGAAUGCUGACAUUGAGUCAUAUAUAUCAAAGUGUGCAGCUUGUCAAACAUUUGCAUACCAGCAACCUGCUGAACCACUCAUCAUGAGAGAAGUACCCAGUAAAGCGUGGGAGAGGGUUGGAGCUGAUCUGUGCCAGCAUGCAGGAUUGUCAUACCUUGUGGUAUAUGACGCCUACUCCAAUUACCCUGAAGUGGUGCAGCUAACAGAUACUAGUGCUGCUGCAGCGAUCGACCAUAUGGCAAGUGUUUUUGCCAGACACGGAAUCCCCAAAGAAGUCUGCACCGACAAUGGUCCACAAUUUGCGAGCAGAGAAUUUGCAGCAUUUGCAAGAAAAUAUGAGUUCGAACAUAUCACCUCGAGCCCAAGAUUUCCAAGAGCGAAUGGACUCGCAGGAAAAGGGGUUCAAGUUGUGAAAAGGAUUUUAAAGAAAACUCGGUAUGCCAAAGAAGAUUUUUGGCUAGGGUUGCUAAACUACAGAUGCACACCACUCGAGAAUGGAUGGUCACCUUGCGAGUUAUGCAUGGGGCGACGAUUGAGGUCUCGACUGCCUGACUUCUCAUCAGCACAUGGACAGAAAGUGAAAAAACACAAACAAAAUGUCAGUGCUGGCAGGCAUUUGGAGACACUGGGCACUGGACAGACGGUGCGUCUGAGAGAUGACGGAAAGUGGAGAGUCAAAGCACAAGUCAAAGAGCAAGUGGCGCCAAGAUCCUAUGUGGUGCAAGCUGAGAAUGGUGCUGUGUACACACGGAACAGACAGCAUUUACUUGUAAGCAAGGAAGCAUUUGAACCCAUCUCCGACUCUGAGGACAUGGACGUUCCACAAGUGACUAACGAGGACAAGGUGCAGCACCAGGAAACUCGUGACCGCGAAAGUGAAAUAAUGGAUGAAUAAUAAUAAUAAUAAUAAUAAUUUUAUUUGCACUUCCAAGGGCGCAGGUGGUGGUGUGCUGGGCUGAACAGAUAGGUGAGAACCCUUACGCGGAGACUAUCCAGUGCCGGUGUCUGUGCAACCUCCCACUAGAGUGUCAUCAAGACCAAGGAAGAAGAAAGUAAAGCUUACUUAUGAUGAACACUUCAACCAGGCAUGUUAAUCAAGUUGUAGUAUUCCAAGUUUGUUCCUUGUUUAGAAAGUGAAGCUUACUUGUGAUGAACACUUCAACCAAACAUGUUAGUCAAGUUGUGUUUCAAGUUUGUCCUUUGUUAGAAAGGAAGAUGUAUGAGAUCUGAUGUUAAAGGAGGACCAGCAGAAAUAUUCUUCCGCCUGGCGGAAAGUCCUCC